AUGUUACCUUUUCAGCUGGAAGAGGCGUUGGUUUUGGAAAAGAAUGAGAAUAUCAAUAUUCAGAAAAACUUGGAUGAAAUUACCUAUAAAGUGAAAUGUAUUGAGAGACAGCAGCAUUAUCUGAAAAUGCGAAUAUACCAGAAAGACUGUGAAAUGGAUGCCCUUAGAACAAAGAAGGAGUCUGAACUACAGGAUUGCAGAGAUUUCAUUGCCUACUUAAAGUAUGAGGCCGUGGCAAGGCUGACUGCACUGAAAAAUCAUCAAGCUGCUAGCAGGAAUUCAGAACGGAAGAAGCACCAUGCCCAAGUUAGUGAACUUGUCACAGUGAUCCGCACAUUGAAAAAGGAGUUUGAAGAACAGCAGAAAGGAUGGGAGGAGCAGCUGAAAGCCCUUAAACUGAAACAAAAUAAUGAACUAUCUAGGCUGAAUCAUGAAAUGGAAAAAGAACUGAAAGAAACUGAGGAGGAGAAAGAAAAGGAAAUGAAAAAAUUAAAGCACAGUCUGGAGCUUCAGCAGAAAACAGAGCUCCAUAAAGCCAUUGAAAUUGCAAAAAAGCAACUCUAUGACAGAAAAGAAAUUCAAAAAACCAAACUGACUGAAGGUAAAAAGGAGAACAAGAGAAUCAUUGAAGAAAAUGAGGCACUCAUUGUUGCUCUGCAGGCAGAAAAAAAAAGCCUGCUAGAAAAAGCUGAAAAGGAAGAUAAGAAGAGAAAGGAGCUGUGUGGUGUGAUCACGCGCACCCAGAAAAUUCUGCAGAAUGUCCAGAAAGAGAACCAGGCAUUGCAGACUCAGAUAACUAUACAUCAAAAGGAGAAAAGUUACUUAUUGCUAAUUGCAGCAAGGAUAAAAAUAAAAGAGAAAGACAUUGAAGAAAUUCUAGAGGAGCAAAAUGACCUGGAGGAAAAAGUCAGAGAAGUAAGAAAGUGCCAGAAUGACUACAAUUGA